UCAGAAUGAAGAGCCACGGUCAGCGUUCAAAAAAUUUCGCAAUAGUUGCUAAAUAUAGUAACCUUUAGCCACGGUGCAGCGUUGCAAGCCAAUCACAGGGAACGUUUUGGUCAUGUGCGCCACGGUGAGCCACGGUGAAUGUAUUUUGAUUGCGCAAUAAAUACAAGUCAUAUGAAAUUGCUCGAUUCUUGUCGACUUGAAAAACGCUACAUCUGGUUCUACUCAGCGAUUAGGAUCAAUGGAAACUUCUAAAAAGAUCGAUGUUCUUGAAAAGCUCGUCCAAACCUUUCAGCAAGAGAACGCUUGCGAAAUUAUUUCUGGUGAAUUGUCUAACUUGAGACAACACUGUGUUAAAAUAAUCAACGAGGAAAGGCUUCGUCGUAUAAAUUCUACUGGCGAUAUUAUGCUACGAACUUGUUCAUUUUCAAAACUGCAGUUCCCUGAAAGCCAAAUUGAAAGAUCAGGACCCAAUGUCCCUGUUAGAGGACCACCUUUGAACAUUGCUUUUAUUAAUCUUGCCAUCUUUACCAUUGUUGGAUAAACAUCUUUGU